AUGGCCGUCACCGCUGAGGGCGCCCGCAGGAAGGAGCGCGUCCUCUGCCUGUUUGACGUGGACGGGACCCUCACGCCGGCUCGCCAGAAAAUCGACCCAGAGGUGGCUGCCUUCUUGCAAAAGUUGCGAAGUAGGGUACAGAUUGGUGUGGUGGGCGGCUCUGACUACUCGAAAAUUGCUGAGCAGCUGGGAGAGGGGGAUGAAGUUAUCGAGAAGUUUGAUUAUGUGUUUGCUGAGAACGGGACGGUGCAGUAUAAGCAUGGACGGCUGCUCUCCAAGCAGACCAUCCAGAACCACCUGGGGGAAGAGCUCCUGCAGGACUUGAUCAACUUCUGCCUCCACUACAUGGCCCUCCUUAGACUGCCCAAGAAGCGUGGGACCUUCAUCGAGUUCCGGAACGGCAUGCUGAACAUCUCGCCUAUCGGCCGGAGUUGCACCCUGGAGGAGCGAAUCGAGUUCUCCGAACUGGACAAGAAGGAGAAGAUCCGGGAGAAGUUCGUGGAAGCCCUGAAAACCGAGUUUGCCGGCAAAGGACUGAGAUUCUCUCGUGGAGGCAUGAUCAGCUUUGAUGUCUUCCCCGAGGGCUGGGACAAGCGCUACUGCCUGGACAGCCUGGACCGGGACUGCUUCGACACCAUCCAUUUCUUUGGGAAUGAGACUGGCCCUGGCGGGAACGACUUUGAGAUCUACACUGACCCCCGGACAGUCGGCCACAGCGUGGUGUCGCCGCAGGACACGGUACAACGAUGCCGCGAGCUCUUUUUCCCAGAGACAGCCCACGAGGCGUGA